UACGUGUCUCUCCAUUCACCUGUGCCAACAGGUUUGUGCGAUCAAGGACGAAGCAUGAUGUUGACAUGCGGAUCGGAAUCCACUCGGGGUCAGUGCUAUGUGGCGUGUUGGGCCUGAGGAAGUGGCAGUUUGAUGUCUGGUCUUGGGAUGUGGACAUUGCGAACAAACUUGAAUCUGGAGGAAUCCCCGGGAGGAUUCACAUCUCCAAAGCCACACUGGACUGCCUGAACGGUGACUAUAACGUGGAAGAGGGUCAUGGUAAAGAGAGGAACGAGUUCUUGAGGAAGCAUAACAUAGAGACCUAUUUAAUUAAGCAGCCUGAGGAGGGUCUUCUGUCCUUGCCUGAAGACAUUGUCAAGGAGUCGGUGAGCUCCUCAGACAGGAGAAACAGUGGGGCGACGUUCACAGAAGGAUCCUGGAGCCCUGAACUGCCCUUUGAUAACAUAGUGGGGAAACAGAACACUCUGGCUGCUCUAACAAGAAAUUCAAUAAAUCUGCUUCCAAACCAUCUUGCACAAGCUUUGCAUGUCCAGUCUGGGCCUGAGGAAAUUAACAAGAGAAUAGAACAUACCAUCGACUUGCGGAGUGGUGAUAAAUUGAGAAGAGAGCAUAUCAAGCCAUUCUCACUGAUGUUUAAAGACUCCAGCCUGGAGCACAAGUAUUCUCAAAUGAGGGAUGAAGUAUUCAAGUCAAACUUGGUCUGUGCAUUUAUUGUUCUUCUAUUUAUCACGGCAAUACAGAGUUUGCUUCCUUCUUCAAGAGUGGUGCCUAUGACCAUCCAGUUCUCCAUUCUGAUUAUGCUGCAUUCAGCUCUGGUCCUCAUCACCACAGCAGAGGAUUAUAAGUGUUUGCCCCUCGUCCUCCGGAAAACUUGCUGUUGGAUUAACGAGACCUAUUUGGCCCGGAACAUCAUCAUCUUUGCAUCCAUCCUGAUUAAUUUCCUGGGUGCCGUCCUAAAUAUCCUGUGGUGUGAUUUUGACAAGUCGAUACCCUUGAAGAACCUGACUUUCAAUUCCUCAGCUGUGUUUACAGAUAUCUGCUCCUACCCAGAGUACUUCGUCUUCACCGGGGUGCUGGCGAUGGUAACCUGUGCUGUUUUCCUCCGACUUAACUCUGUCCUGAAGCUGGCAGUGCUGCUCAUUAUGAUUGCCAUCUACGCCCUGCUGACCGAGACCGUCUACGCAGGUCUCUUUCUACGCUAUGAUAACCUGAACCACAGUGGAGAAGAUUUCCUGGGGACUAAGGAGGCGUCUCUGCUGCUGAUGGCCAUGUUCCUGCUUGCUGUGUUCUACCAUGGACAGCAGCUGGAGUACACAGCUCGCCUGGACUUCCUUUGGCGAGUACAGGCCAAAGAGGAGAUCAAUGAGAUGAAGGAGCUGCGGGAACACAAUGAGAACAUGCUCCGGAAUAUCUUACCCAGCCACGUGGCUCGCCACUUCCUGGAGAAAGACCGAGACAAUGAGGACCUGUAUUCUCAAUCCUACGAUGCUGUCGGGGUGAUGUUUGCCUCCAUCCCAGGAUUUGCAGACUUUUACUCUCAGACAGAAAUGAAUAACCAGGGAGUGGAAUGCCUGCGCUUGCUGAACGAGAUCAUUGCUGACUUCGAUGAGUUGCUCGGUGAAGACCGUUUUCAAGACAUUGAAAAGAUUAAGACCAUUGGCAGCACCUACAUGGCUGUGUCAGGCCUGUCACCUGAAAAACAGCAAUGUGAAGACAAGUGGGAGCAUCUGUGUGCCCUGGCUGACUUCUCUCUCGCCCUGACUGAGAGCAUACAGGAAAUCAACAAACACUCAUUCAACAAUUUUGAACUACGGAUUGGCAUCAGCCAUGGCUCAGUAGUAGCCGGCGUCAUCGGCGCUAAGAAACCACAGUAUGACAUUUGGGGCAAGACUGUGAACCUGGCGAGCCGCAUGGACAGCACAGGGGUUAGUGGCCGGAUCCAAGUCCCCGAGGAGACCUAUCUGAUCCUGAAGGAGCAGGGCUUUGCCUUUGACUACCGAGGGGAGAUUUACGUGAAGGGCAUCAGUGAACAGGAAGGAAAAAUCAAAACGUACUUUCUCCUGGGAAGAGUCCAACCCAACCCGUUCAUCCUGCCCCCAAGAAGACUGCCCGGGCAGUACUCUCUGGCCGCCGUGGUCCUGGGUCUCGUCCAGUCCCUCAACAGGCAAAGGCAGAAGCAGCUCCUCAAUGAGAACAACAACACGGGGAUCAUCAAGGGUCAUUACAACCGGCGGACUUUGUUGACACCCAGUGGCCCGGAGCCUGGAGCUCAAGCGGAAAGCACCGACAAAUCUGAUUUGCCAUAAAAGCAUUUCCUUUGUGUUUCUUUUUUUUGUAUUUCUUUUAUAUAUAAAAUAAAUAUACUAAUAAAAAGGUUUAA